UGUUGUGACGUUCGGGGUUUAGGUCUGAGAGAUGAAGCCAGCGGUGGAUGAGAUGUUCCCGGAGGGAGCCGGUCCCUAUGUGGACCUGGAGGAGGCUGGAGGAAGCACUGGACUUCUGAUGGAUCUGGCAGCAAAUGAAAAAGCUGUUCAUCUAGACUACUUCAACAACUUCGGAGACCUUUUUGAUGAUGAUGAUAUUGACUGAUUAAUAAACUCGCACAAUCGUGCAUGGAUUCUGAGGCCAGAUGGUAGACACUGGUGACGAUUUCUAUGCAAGACAUGUUGUAAUUAAGUUAUGUAUUCUAUGUAAAUAAAGUUUCCUAACUUG